CACGUGAUUGCGACGCGUGUUACGCGACAAGACAGCUCGCGUCAUUGUGCCAGACAAUAUGCACACCUUUCCCGCAAAUCGCUUCACCUCCAACACGACUUACAGCUUGGGAAGAUUGACCGACGAGGACAGCACAGACUAAUGCCUCGCACCACCUCCGCCGAAGACUAUCAAGAACUCGGGAAAACAUACUACAAGCAAAAGCAGUACGCGAAAGCGCUGUCGGCUUUCUCAAACGGUCUCGAAGCGGCCAAAGUGCCUACGGUAUCGCUCUACGACUACCGCGCAGCAUGCCACGAGAAACUCGCCGAUUUUACCGCAGCAGUCAAGGAUGGUCGUGAAGCCAUUCGGCUGAAUAAAAGAGAUGUGAGGGGCUAUCUGAGAACGGCCAGCGCUCUACAAAAGCUGAACAGGAUGGAUGCUGCGCUGGGCAUUUACAAGUACGGCAUGAAGAAUGUACCAGCGAGUCAUCAGGACUAUAAAUUCCUCCAGAAAAUGCACGACAAUCUCACUCGCAAGCUCUCACCGCCUAAAGCCAUCGAUCCCUUCACCAUCCUGCCCGUCGAAUUAGUCGAGUUGAUUCUUGCCUAUCUCCCUUUCCGAAACAUCGUAAAUACCCUCCGUGUCAGCAAAGGGUGGAAACAUUACAUCACCGGGCGCCCAAACCUUUGGCGGGACAUUGACCUGUCUGAGGCAAGCAGGCCUGUGUCACGAGGAUUCAUGAAUAAAGCUGUGAAUUAUGCGGAAAGGGAUGUGACGCGAGUCGCACUACAUAAAUUUCACCAUACUGAUAUGAUACCACGCAUUGCGACAGCGUGUCGAAAUUUACGAGAGGUUGAGAUUUUGUCAUCGCCGGGGAUGCUUUCUGAGACCUUUGUUCAGGUGGCGCGUGGUGCUGUUGGACUCAAAAAGUUCGUCGUUAAGCCAGAUAUCACGCUCGAUACUAUCACCCAGAUCAUGAGCCAGCGGCCAACGCUCGAACAUGUCGAGUUCCAUUCUGUCAUCGGCAAGCAGGUACAUGUCGAAUGGCAAGGGCCUUUCCGGCAGCUCCACACAAUCGCUUUAAACAGCGACGCUUCGCGCACUCUGAUAGGUGGUAGAUUGUUCGAGCAAACUCCUAACCUUCAGAACCUCUCUUUGACAGGCUGGAAAUAUGGCUUCAACUUUGGAUCUGACCUUCAUCCCUACCCAUACAACACAAUCCCUGCACUCCUAACAAUUCUCGAAAUAAAACGCAUCGACCUACCGAUCUUCCCGCCUCUCCCUCCCACUUUGAAACGCUUCGUUCUUCACCCCAGCAAACCUCUCUUCUUACCCUCCGACUCUUCCGUUCUCGUCGAAAUCACACCCUCGGGACAAGCUCCGAUCACGACCGUUCCAGCAUGGCAUUACGCGCACAUUUCGCAUCUUCCGCACCUCACCCACCUCACCCUCUGUGAAAUGGGCAACCUUAACCCGUAUUUCCUCCAAAUACUACUAGACCGUUACAAGGAUCCAAAAGAAGGCGGCGAUGCAUCGCACCCUACAGCCAAUAACGGCGGCGCACCACUCCAACAUAUCUGGCUCUGCGGCGUCCUUGACCCUGCCGUCUCCGCCGCUCUCUUCAGCCCGACCGGCCUCUUCGCUGCAAGCCCCCGCAUCCUCACCCCUGCGCUGCAGUCCCUCCGCCUCCCAUCUCUCCCUUGCACCGACGACGACAUCGAGGAUUUGGUUACCAUGAAGCCUAGCGUAGUAGACUCUCUGCAAGUCGCCGAUGUGUCAUCGACGAAGAUCUCAGGCGCGAGUUUGAAGAUGCUGGUGGAUGCUGUGCCCCAAUUACAAUUCAUCAAGGCGGAUAAUUGCAGGAUGGUCAGUAGUCGUGAUGCCGUUACCUACGUGGAGGGCAAGGGCGUUGGAAUCAGCUGCAAGAUGAACGACGGGAUUGGUGCAGGUGGGGGGAAGAAAGUGAGGUAUGGGUGA